GAGGAACAUAUCUUCUAUGAGACGUGGUGGUGAAUCCGUUUGAAAUAAGGGAACGAUGACACCGGAGCAGAGCUGACACUAUAAGAGUUUGAGCGGCUCGUGCGAGAUUCCUGCCAGUCUGAAGCGUAAAAAGCUGUGGUCAACUGAUGAUGUUUGGAAACAGUGCCCCCUUCUCCUAUUUCCCAAAGGGCUUCUCACCGGAUGACCUCCCUCAGAGGCGGGCUUUCCAACAAGAUGACCCCAGGGGGAGUCCGCUGCAGAGAAGUGACUCGACCAGACCCAGUGGAAGAUCUAUUUACAUGCAGAGAAAGGAGUACUCAGAGACACUGAACAAACAGCCUGACAGCAUUCAUGUCAGAGUGGAGCAUCUGUUCACCUGCGAGCUCGAUGGCCAGGAGGUGAGGACGGUGGAAGACUGCGUGGCAAAGCUCAAGAACCUCAAUGUCAAAGGUCGUCUGUGGCCUCAGGACAUGAUCAUGGAGGUUCAGGGAGCAUAUCUUCUGCUCAGUGACAUUGAGACCAAAACAGAACUGGAUUCGAUACCUCUGAGUUGUAUCAUGCAAACCAAAGCUGUGUUGAACAGCUGCGACUACAAUUCUUUGCUGACAGUAACUGUGCGGGAACACGGCAAACGCAACCGCCAGUGCUUGAUGUUCCAGUGUGAGGAGACUGGGGCCGAGCUCAUCAAGAGCGAUCUGGAUAAGGCAGUCCAAAGAGGGGGUGGUGAUCUGGACCAACGCAGCGAGCAUCCUGGCAUGAGGAAUGACUUUGAAAGCAUCAGACAAGGAAGUUUCAGGCACGCUGGACCCCCUCCUAUGCGGGAGCGGGGCCCUCCAUCACCCCCAUCAUGGAGAGACAUGGAUAUGCCUCCUCCAAGUCCCUAUAGUCUGCAUGAAGAACCAAUGAACCAUCCAGACCUGUAUGACAUGCAGAGCAACCCAGAGGCUGAUCAUGAGAGGACAGAGUUACAGAGGAACACGGACAUUUUAAACCAUGUUCUAGAUGAUUUGGAGGUCUUUAUGGCCAAAGUGUUAGCUGCAGCAAAUGGACUGUCACAACAGGAGGACAGGAGCAAGAAGAAAAAGAAGAAAAGCAAGAAAAAUGCAGCUUCAGGACCACCUGUAAAUCUGCCACCUCUGGAUGAAUAUGGCUACAGUCUUCAGAAAAUCAAAUAUGGCUUCAAUCUGCUGGCCCAGCUGGAGGGUACACUGACCAAUCCCAGUGCUCCCGACUUUGUCCACGUGCUCUUCUCGAUUUUAAACAUGAUGAUUCCUCAUUAUCCCAUGGACCUGCCUCCCAAUGUGCUCUCUCCCCUGCUGACAGACGCCGCUAUAGUCCUGCUUGAACAAAACGUCAGCCAGGAGGAGAACCACCUGUGGAAAUCUCUUGGAGACUGUUGGAACAUCCCCAGGUCUCGAUGGCCGGAUAAUAAUGUCCCACCUUACAUCCCAGAGUUCUAUGAUGGCUGGCAGCCACCUCCACCCCCUCGCCUACCUUCCCCACCCCCUUAUCAGAACGGUCCAUUGAGCAGAAGCAGCAGCCAGCGCUUCCCGGGCAGACCGAUGCAGCGGCAGCCAGAGGAGUCUAUGGCCAACGCUCCCUGGGGUUCAUUACGACCACCAGCACACCCCAGCGAGCCUCCCCUGCACAUGCGUGUCAUUUACAACUUUAUGGCCAGAAACAACCAGGAGCUGAGUGUUAUGAGGGGCGAGGUGGUUCAGGUGAUCCAGAAAACUAAGCAGUGGUGGCUCGUUCGUAACUCACGAAACGAGGAAGGAAAUAUUCCUCAGAACGUUUUGGAGCCAAUAGGGAACACUGGAUCCAUGGAUAAUCCACCUUUUCCCUCACAGCGAGAGUCCCGUGGCCCAGUCACCCUGGACAUGUCCUCCUCACCUGCAGAGGUGCAAGCCUGGCUUGAGUACAGAGGCUUCUCCAAAAUCACUGUCAGGAGCCUCGGGGUGCUGAGUGGACAACAGCUUUUGGGAAUGACUAAAGGCGAGAUAAGGACUGUAUGUCCGGAGGAGGGAGGGAAGGUCUUCUUCCAGCUGCAGGCUGUUAAGUCAGCAAUUGCACUGGCCAGUGAACCAUCAGGCAUGUAUAACGGCCGCUACUAACGACCUGCGUCACUGUUGAGGUUCUUCAGACGUUUUUCAUGUGUGGAAUUAAGGGUGUCAAAAUUAAACCGUCCAAAAUGAUCUUGCUACUUUACCAUGAAUUAAACUGUAACAAGUGUCGAUUUGUCAUUUGAAGUGGCAAUCUCGAAUAUUUAUAUUUUCAAUGAACUUGUGCAUUGCUCACUGUCAAAGGUAGAAGUCCAUUGGAGGAGUGGUUGGGGCGUAAGUGACGGGGCCUUCACUCAGAAGCAAAGGUUGAUGUUUGAGUCAGUGGAAAAUUCAUUUGAAAGCUGUUAUCCGAACUGGUGACAUCAUUCUGAGGUAAUGGAGGUGAUAUCAUCUGUGUGGUCACUGUUUGCCUAGUAAGUUUGAAGUGGAUUGGAUAAAUGGUUGUGGAGACUGGCGGAGAACAGAGAGAUUUCGAGCUGUCUUAUCAGUAAACUGUACAAUGCAAUGGAGAAUUAAGCCUGUGAUGAGCUUGCUGAUUAAAGCACUGCAACAUUUAUAUAUUUGCAGCAUUAAAAAAUGGAUAUCUGCAGUGAUCUGCUGUAUUAAAUUACUAUUAAUUCAAAUCAAACAUUUUCUACUGCUGCAGCUUUCUAUGAAUGGAAUUUAAACUGCUAAAACCCAAGUUAGCAGUGAGCCUUGCACUUGCUAUUGCUAUUAUUCACCAAAAAAAAAAAAAAAGUGAGACCAAGAAGUCUUUUUUUUUUUAUUAUUAUCAAUUUUGAACUGUUAUGAAAGAAGAGGACCCCUCCUCUUACUACAGACUGGUGCUGUGCAGCACAUCAGAUCACAGCUGCUUACAAAAUGAUGGAUCAGUUAUUCAGUUAUUUCCUGACCAGUAAGUACAGCUGCUGCCGCAUCAUCCAGGCCUGAAGCAUGCGAGUUUGCCACUUUAAAAGAAAAACACUUUGAGUGUAUAUGAGUCUAUAUAUUGUAAAAUGUAUCAAUGGCACCAAUUAAUUGUCAGU